AUGUCAAAUAGUGCAGCUUCGUCCGUUAACCAGAAACUGUCCGAGAACGAAAUUAUGCAAAUGGUGUUUGACGAUCUUCGGUCAAACAGACCGAAGCCGUUAGAUGGUUACGAUUUCAAUAGCUUGCCGGUUCACAGACGGUUUAUGUCUUUACCUAACAUGGCCGCGUGGACAAAUUAUGCAGCCAAAGUAACAGAAUUCGGAUGGAAAUCAAUGCCUAACCUACCUGCUGUCGACAAUAUCCAGGAAAGUAAACAGAAGCCGUCGGACAUCGGUGAUUUCCCUAGUUUGCUGGUGCACGAAAGGGCUGUGUCGUGUCCUAACAUGGUAUUGCUGAAAAAUUCUGCAGCUGAAACACUACUAGAGACCGGGUACAAGUCUACUCCCAAUAUAAUACUGCCGGCUAUCGACGAUAUCCGAGAAAAUGGACAGAAACCUUUGGAAAACUGA